AUGUUUCGCCAAAUCCUCCGAAAUACGACUCACCAUCCGCCUCGGGCCUCGGUUCGGCUUACUUUCGGCCGGAAAACGUCCUACCAGUAUCUGCAUUUUCAAAAUCUCCAGCCCAGACCGUCCCGCUUGAAAAAGUUUCUCUACUUCAACUUUGGGUUGGUUACUCUUUCAGUUGCCGCCUAUUACUUCUUAUGGCCCAAACAUACAUUUCCCCUGCCCGUAGCAAAGAUUUUGCGUAAAGGUUUGUGGGCAGAAAGUGACAAGGGGGAAAAAGAUUACCAAUUGGCCCUCAAGCAUUAUUUGGAGGCCUUAGAAGAAUGUGACCAAUUGGGGAUGGACCCCUUAUGCGAUGAGUAUACGGGGAUUCAGUUGAAGAUCGGGGAGAUGUACGAGCGUCUUGAUAUGAUGGACGAGGCAGCUUUCACAUAUAAUGAAAUUGCCACUUUAUACUUGAGUGUUCUUAAAGCUCCGGCCGAUUCCGAACAAGGCAAGCGGAUCAAAAACAUUGACCACCGGGCACACCUCAUUCAAAGAGAUUUGCGCAUUGCCUUGAAGUUAGUGGAGCUUAAUCGUUUGAGCCCGCUGCUUUCUAAAGCCAUUUUGAUCACGCAUCUUUUGAUUGCGCAGGAAGAAGUUAACCGCAAGUUGGGUGUCUCAGGCAGCCCCGCAACGUUGCUGGACUCUGGUUCGAUUAUGAUUCCUGGCUUAUCUGGAGCAAAUGUCACAAAAGCAGGAAACGAUGGAGACGAAGCGGAACUUCUCGUUCUUGAAACGAAUCCAGAGGCUUGGGAACCGUUUGCUGAUGAAUUCUUCAACGGCAUGGACCUUUUAUCAGCCAUUUGCAUCUCUGUGGGCGACAUUAAAUCGGCUUCGGGCAUCCGAAUCUCCAUGACAGGGAAAAUGAUUCUUGCUGGAGUUUCGCCAGAGAAGCUUUUGCUUGCACAAUGCAACACGGCGUCGUUGUUUUACUUGCAAGCCGAAUAUCUACAAGCAGAAGAACAGGCUUUAAGGAAAAAAUUUGCAGAGGCAGCAGGUGUGGACUAUGCGAAAGUCAAGGCCAUCCAUGAUCCAUUACAACCCAUUACGGUGGGUGAAGAUGAGGCCAAUGAAAUUCGGGCGAAAAUCGCAGAAGUGGUAUCCGAUGAAGAAAAGAAAGAGUAUGAGGAAAUCGUUUCCAACAAAGAAAACUUUCUUCGCAUGGUCAUGUCGACAUACGACUCCGUUAUCGUAGGAGCUAAACGGUUGCCUCCUGAGACAGUUAAAGAAAACACCACGAUUGCUGAAUCUGUCGCAUUGGCCACUUACGGAUUGGGUGUGGUCAAUUUGCAUCUCUCAGAGUAUGAUAAGGCGGAAAGAUUGCUUCGAGAAGCACGUGUGCGGUCUAAGGCUUGUGGUUACACCGCUUUAAUUGACGAGAUUGAGCGGGAAUUACAGAAACUAUUCAAUGAGAAAAAGAACAUUGAGAAAAAACAGAGCAGCAUCGAGUUGGAUAUCCACAUGAAUCAUUGA